AUGAAAGAAUUGGGACAGUUUGGAGGAAUGGGCAAAGUUGUUGAAUGCGACGAAAGCGUAUUUGGACACACCAAAUACGGUAAAGGUCAACCCAACAGUACUGGCCAUACGUGGGUGCUAGGUUGUGUUGAGAGAGGAGGAAAUGUACGAUCUCAGAUUGUUCCAUCUAGAGGUAAAUCAGUUAUACAUCCCAUUCUAAAACGAUGGAUUCUUCCUGAUACGACAUUGAUUACCGACGAAUGGAAGGGGUAUAACGAUAUCGUUUUCAAGAGACUCACCAUAUGUCACAUAACGUCAUAUUCCAGGUAAAUUUUUUUAUGUUGUAUUAUUGUAGCCUAUUAUCUAGGUACAAUAGCCUACUAUUUAGUUACAGUAGCCUACUAUCUAGUUACAGUACCCUACUAUCUAGUUACAGUACCCUACUAUCUAGUUAUAGUAACCCAUUAUUUAGUUACAGUACCCUACUAUCUAGUUACAGUGCCCUACUAUCUAGUUACAGUACCCUACUAUCUAGUUAUAGUAACCCAUUAUUUAGUUAUAGUAACCCAUUAUUUAGUUACAGUACCCUACUAUCUAGUUACAGUGCCCUACUAUCUAGUUACAGUACCCUACUAUCUAGUUACAGUACCCUACUAUCUAGUUACAGUACCCUACUAUCUAGUUACAGUACCCUACUAUCUAGUUAUAGUAACCCAUUAUUUAGUUACAGUACCCUACUAUCUAGUUACAUUACCCUACUAUCUAGUUACAGUACCCUACUAUCUAGUUACAGUGCCCUACUAUCUAGUUACAGUACCCUACUAUCUAGUUACAGUACCCUACUAUCUAGUUACAGUACCCUACUAUCUAGUUAUAGUAACCCAUUAUUUAGUUACAGUACCCUACUAUCUAGUUACAUUACCCUACUAUCUAGUUACAGUACCCUACUAUCUAGUUAUAGUAACCCAUUAUUUAGUUAUAGUAACCCAUUAUUUAGUUAUAGUAACCCAUUAUUUAGUUAUAGUAACCCAUUAUUUAGUUACAGUACCCUACUAUCUAGUUACAGUACCCUACUAUCUAGUUACAGUACCCUACUAUCUAGUUACAGUACCCUACUAUCUAGUUACAGUACCCUACUAUCUAGUUAUAGUAACCCAUUAUUUAGUUACAGUACCCUACUAUCUAGUUACAGUACCCUACUAUCUAGUUACAGUACCCUACUAUCUAGUUAUAGUAACCCAUUAUUUAGUUACAGUACCCUACUAUCUAGUUACAGUACCCUACUAUCUAGUUACAGUACCCUACUAUCUAGUUACAGUACCCUACUAUCUAGUUACAGUACCCUACUAUCUAGUUACAGUACCCUACUAUCUAGUUACAGUACCCUACUAUCUAGUUACAGUACCCUACUAUCUAGUUACAGUACCCUACUAUCUAGUUACAGUACCCUACUAUCUAGUUACAGUACCCUACUAUCUAGUUACAGUACCCUACUAUCUAGUUACAGUACCCUACUAUCUAGUUACAGUACCCUACUAUCUAGUUAUAGUAACCCAUUAUUUAGUUACAGUACCCUACUAUCUAGUUACAGUACCCUACUAUCUAGUUACAGUACCCUACUAUCUAGUUAUAGUAACCCAUUAUUUAGUUACAGUACCCUACUAUCUAGUUACAGUACCCUACUAUCUAGUUACAGUACCCUACUAUCUAGUUACAGUACCCUACUAUCUAGUUACAGUACCCUACUAUCUAGUUACAGUACCCUACUAUCUAGUUACAGUACCCUACUAUCUAGUUACAGUACCCUACUAUCUAGUUAUAGUAACCCAUUAUUUAGUUACAGUACCCUACUAUCUAGUUAUAGUAACCCAUUAUUUAGUUACAGUACCCUACUAUCUAGUUACAGUACCCUACUAUCUAGUUACAGUACCCUACUAUCUAGUUACAGUACCCUACUAUCUAGUUACAGUACCCUACUAUCUAGUUACAGUACCCUACUAUCUAGUUACAGUACCCUACUAUCUAGUUACAGUACCCUACUAUCUAGUUAUAGUAACCCAUUAUUUAGUUACAGUACCCUACUAUCUAGUUACAGUACCCUACUAUCUAGGGAGCUAUCUAGUUACAGUAGCUUCUUAUAUAUAAUAGUUAUAGUGGGCAACUUCAGGUACGAUGAUAAUGAGCACCUUAUUGUCAACACUAAUUCGAUAGAAGGAUAUUGGAGUCAAGUGAAGUCUUUAAUCAAACUGGCUAAUGGUAUUUCUAUAGGCAAAGCAAACGACACGAAAACCGCUCAUGACACACUACUUCAAUCCUAUCUGGACGAGGCUUCGUUCCGAUACAAUAAUCGCGAUGCACUAAUCGAGAACUUCUACACCGCUCUUCGAAAGCGCUACGUUUUGUAA